ACGGUAGUCGACGUUAUAGCUGAAAUUGUAACAUUUUGGCAACAAAAUCGACUUACCUCAAUGCCUUGUUGUCUUUUCUAUUGUAAUCUCACUAUUCAGUUCGAUCCGAAGAUGGAUUUUUGGUGUCGAAAACCAAAAAUCCAAAAGGGAAAAAAAAAAAAAAAAAACGCCUGACAUUGUGAGCAUAGGCCGCCUGUGAGUUUACUCAAGUGAUGAAUUUGACACGAUUUACUCAAUUUUUUGGAUGGAAAUGUUUUACAUUUGUGGAUCUGUUUAGACGUUCGACCGUGGUGCCAUUUAACGGACUCAGUGGAGCUGGAGUAAUGCACAGCUCGAACGACUUCGUGUGGACACAAGCUAUAAAUGAUCUUGCAUUAUUUCUGAAGAGCGGGAGUCUUCAUGCUUUGCACACCGUCAUAGGGAAGUUAAUAUUGCAAAAUAAAUUAUAAAUGGAUGGCAACGAAUGUUCUACUGUCGUCCGAGAUUAUUUUUCGGGUUUAGCCGGGAAGUAUCUCUGUGGUCUGAAUUAUGUAAUAUUAUUUUUCAUGCUCGCAAAUCCUGAGACUUCAGAAAGAUUCUGAAGAUAAAUCUCUCCCAAAAUUAGCAUAAUGUAAGAAAUAAUUGUUGAGACGAAAAGUGUACCUAGCUUGAACAUUAUAUGACGGAAAACAUGGCAAUCUAAACUAAUUUUUCUUUUUCCUUCUUACAUUUGUAAAUUUCAUAGAGUACAGAAACAAAGAUUGUUGUUGUUGUAGUUUAUUUCCACGCUCUCUCCCCCCUUUUUUUUGGAAAAGGAUGAAGUACUACCUGCCACUGUACACCACAUUUAGGUAUGAGAUUGACUUUUAUUAUAGGGGAAGGUGAGGAGAGCGAGACAAAAUGUAUAAACAUAAAAAUCGUUUGUCUACUUUUAUACAUUUGGAGUUUUUGUGCACUGCUGGCUAUCUACGCCCACUCUAUCAUUUGCUAGAUUGCUCAGAAAAGAAACGAACAAAUAUUCUUGGCGUCAGAAACAUCCUUAUCAGUAUGUCGUUUGCCAUUUGUCAACUUGCUUACAACGUACAAACUAAUGGCUUUUUUGUUUGUCUUCACUUUAAAAUUCAUUAAUACAUGACAUUUUUAAAGUGCCUAUGAAGUAAAAACUAAUUGCUGCUUAUUUGAAAGGUUUUCCAAAGUAAAGAAGAAUGCCGUUUUUCGUUUUGGAAUAUCUGUUUUCGUUUUAGAGAUAUUUACGUUUUUGUAUUUGCUCCGUACAAUGAAUGAAAAAACAAGUGCAGUACGAUUUGAUUUCGGAUUUUAUCCUUUUUGCUGUUUUAAUGUUUUGAAAGUAUUAUGUGAGUUAGUCGCAACUGUUAAGUUUGAGUUUACAUAAAGUUAUGCUUUUCCCUAUUUAAACCUUUCAUCUUUCUUGACAUAUAUCUAGAAACAUUUCGGGCACUUAAGCAGCUUUAAGGUAAAAAAAAAAGAAAAUUUUAUCGAUUUAAGAAAUGAAUUUAGACAUUUCUGGGUAUAUGUAACAUUUACAGUUAGUAAAACCUUUUCAGCGAGUUUAUGUGUUUUAAUUAGUUAAUGGUUCUUAGAGCUUUGUAGGCGACACAAUUUAAACCAGAGCCAGUGUUAAAAUGCUGUUGUUGACGAAAAAGAAAAUCCCCAAUGGUCCACCUGUUGAAUUUUUAGAAAGCUUUUUUUGCGCGAACGUGCUGCGCAUUAUUUUUCAAAGGUGGUACUGUUCAUUCAACCCAUAAAAUUAAAAAAAAUAAAAUAAACACUUACGGUAAAGCCUGCGCUAAAGCCUGAUGGCCCAUCAGGUCGGCGCCUAUCUCCAGUCUCCAGUUAAACAAACAUCAGAGCUGUGUACUUAAAGUGUAUUCAAAUGUGUAGCUAUGCUUUUAUCUUGGUAUUGGACAUACGUUUUCUGACAAUACAAGUUAAGAGCUCGAUCAACUUUAUUUCGUGUAUUCAUGUGCUCAUGCAGAAAAAUACAUACUACCCUCCACCUAAUUAAAAUAUUGCACUUCGUAUUGGUGGGGGAAAUCAGAAUUGUUCUAUUGCUCGAAGCCUCGGUACCUUGGAUACCGAAGAUUUUUUCUCCGCUUACUAGGCAAAAGUCGGGACGCCCGCAGACCAACAGCUUGCCCGACAUCCCGAGGAGUGAAGCCUCGAAAAAACCGCUUGUGUUAGUUGACUAAAAAGACCGAAAAAGGGGGCCGCGCAUGAAAAGGUUCUAGCACCCAUAAAGACUCUUAUAUAGAACACUCUGCUUCAAUCACAAUCAGGAUCAGAUGACUUAACCAAUUAACUUUAUUCUAGAUAUUCUACGAAUGAACAUGUGAAAGUCGCUCUAGUAUACAAGCAGGUGUAGGAGAAGUACUUUAGGACACAACGCAGAAACUCUGCUGUUUAAUUUACUUACGAUAACUCAGCUGAGACGUAUCAAAAGGUACCACUGGUUGCAUGUCCGUAUGUUGAAUACAGUUUUCUAAAAGCUAGUGCCAGGCGUAAACAAGCCAAGUAAAGUACAUAGGAUAAUUGUUAGAUAGACCUCCAUUUAGAUAGCUGCCUACACUGAGUGAUUUACAUUUUAUUUCCUUUAUGUGCCAUUUUAAAUUUUAAAGGCUGUAUAAACAAUGAUUGAGCACAUAUCUAAAAAGGCGGAAAAAUAUGAAAUACAUGAGUUCAUUCUUGCCAAAAUGUCAGCUUAAAGUUUACAAAGUUUUAGCAGUGAAAGUGUAUUGUUUAACUGAGUUCUAGUGUUUCGCUAAAAGUGCAUCGUUAUUAUAAGUCGAGUGAGUGAGUAAACUAUAUAAACCAACAGUCUUCCUACUUUUCUCUUCCUACUUUCUUUUGAGGGUGAAUCCAGAACAAGCAAGAUGAACAUCUUGGUAAUUUUGCUGUUAUCUGCGUUGACGUACUCCUCCACAAAUGCAGGAGAAACGACAGCUAAAGCUAAACCCAUGGAGACGGCCGAAACUGCAGUAGACAUUCCUCCAGACGCGGGCGGAUUAAUUGUGACUUUGGAGGUAUUUUCUGGUGUUCCCGACCCACAGUGGAUGAUUCUUCGCAAUAACUCCAAGUUCCAGGAGAUAAAAAAAGGUCUGCACCGUGGACGAAAAUACGCCCCAGAAAACGCGCCUGGAAAGCUUGGCUACGAAGGAUUUCUAGUUCAAGAGGUGAAAGACGGGAAAAAGCAACCGGAAGUACUGAUCGUGGGCCGGGGAACAGUAAUGUUACAGCUACUACUACUCAAGAGCAUACCAAAAGAUAUGAUAUCGGAAAGAAUUUACAACAUUGUUCAGAAGGAAAUACAAGGUGGAAAAGUCGGGGCCGUAUUAUACAGUACCAAGAAGCGUCACGCGCCUUCGUACCGUCCAUCGUAUUGGAACCAUGAAGAUCAUAUCGAACUUAAUAACUGCUACAACUAUGGAAGCACUAUCAGAACCGAUACCUUUGCGCAGCCUGGACUUGCAUCUGGACGACCGCUUCCUCUCCUGUUUAAAGCAAAGGACGUGAAAAUUUCUGCAGAGGCUGAUGGCUUAAGAUUUAAGCGAGCCCUACCCUCCAUGCGCCCCCCUGCUGGACGAAGACACUUGGUAGCCUUAGUUCAUUACGAAGGUGAUCCAAAUAAUCCAUAUGAUCGUGAUUAUCACUGGUACCGUUUGGAUGAUAACGGAUUCUGGUCACACAAACCUGGAAGAACUCACGCCACUGACAGGGAUGGACGAGGGAACAGGAUCCGAGAUCCACGAACAGCUGCCAAUGGCUUCAUCCCUUAUAAAUUUGUUUGUUUCAUGACCUUGAAUAGAUUUACUGUUAAAGUUAGGUAAGAAAUUGAUCUACUUUUCAAGCAAGGUCAAUGUCGCAUUUGCUGCCAUAGUACCAGUUGUAAGUGUUCACUUUAGUGGAGAGACCUGUAACCACAGAAACGUGUAAUGCAGUAAAACCAAUAAAAGGGUGUUGAAAACCUAAUGUGUUCACUUUGACGUGU